GUUCAGAAAAUUAAAGGACGCAUAUGCAUGAGAAGGUUUCUAUGUAGUUGUGUACAUUCGUACAUGAUUGAUACCGAGGACGUUGACCGACUCCUCGACGCGACUCACGUCUGAUCUUGCUUUGUUUGACCCAAUUUCUCUUGACGACGCUACAAACAGACAGUCAGAUUUUCAUUCAUUCUUUCUGAGACGAGGGUCAGAGUAAGACGUUCAUUCAGAUUACAAUACACACGUAUUGUAAAGGUUUUCGUUACGUGCCACGUAUCUCGUGCAAAUUGGUUGCACAUUCAAAGUAGAGACUUACCACGGCCAAGUACACUGCAUAAUCAGUUUCUGCAGACCCUACGGGUUGCUGAAAGAUAGAGUUCGAGUUCAAUUCCUGCAGUCACCACGACGAGCAGAAAGAGUGAGAGAGAGGGACAUUCGACCCUAAAUUCUACGGCCUAUCGAGAGAGUGAGAGAGAGGGACAUUCGACUCUAAAUUCUACGGCCUGCUGAGAGAGAGAGACCAGGAGAUCGAGCUCCAGGUACACGGAACCUCUGUAGAGAGUUUUCAAUUGAGUUCUUGAGAAAGUUUUCAUCCUGUUUCGGAUUAGCACGACGGCGAACCGACAGGACAGAACUCAAUUCAGAGGUUCCCAUUCAGCUGUACUAUUCAGCAAUUAUUCAGAGACAUUUUCAUACCGUCGUACUUUCGAACGUAAUCUAUUUAGAUGCGUUCACAUGUUGGCGUCACUAUCAGACGUAUUCAAUCAACUGUUUAGAGACAUUUUUUGAUAAAUGUUAAACAUGUAUGAAUCAAAAGUUUUAGUGUAACCUUCUUCUGCAUAUGCGUUAAUUACUUGAAAUAUUGUAAAUUCAUUUGAAAUACUAUUGAUGUAAAAAUCUAGAAUCACUGUAAUGUUCCGUAAUUCUCAUUACGCUUAUCAUUCUCAACUAAUUUUAUGAUUCAUUUGUAAAUAUUACGAUUAUAAUAUGAUUGCAUAAAGCUUAUGGUAUGGAAUGCAUGAUUAUUAAUUUGAAUAACCGUUUGACGUUAUUGUAUGAAUAAUUUUAUAAUUUAUUAACCCUAGUAAUUUCUGAUUGUUGUGUAUUCUUAUAUGUAUUCUAUUCUAUAUGUGUGUAAUUCCAUAUGUGUUAUUUACUAUAUUUGUUGUGAACGUCCGUCAUUAACCGAAUUGUCAUAAAUUAAUCAGAAUAUUCAUAGAUUAUUCAGACUUGUCAUAGAUUAAAUUUUAUAUUCUGCCAAAAUUAUUUUAAAGUUAUUAAAUUUUUCUGCCACCUUUAUUUGACUCUGUAAUCAUUUUCAACCGGCGUGCUUGUUUAUUAAACAUACGACAAAGACAUUUUAUGACUGGGCUUUUACUAAAACAAUACAUCUUUUCUACGUCGCUAAAUAUUAACGUGAAAGUUUUGACAGUUUAAUACGCAAUAAAAUUCGAUAAUAAAAACUCCAGACAAGAAAUAUAGUUGAUAUUAACUUUAAUAUUAACAAUGUUCUUCGAUCUCGCGCACACACACACAUAUACACACAGAGUGUAAAUUUAAUAUCAAGAAAAUGAUGGAAAAUGAUGAAGAAAGAAUGCCUCAGCGUUUUCAAGAGAUUUAACUCACGAAAAUGUUACGUCAAAUGCCACGUCGUUGAAUUGAUAAACUACAUGCAAUAUAGUGGAUAGAAGACGUUACUUAAGACUCCGCCGUCCCGAAUUGUACGUAUUGCGGUAAACGAAAAGAAUUAUUUUCUACGAAUUUACUGCAAAGUCAACUGCGUCGGAUGCAAAGUGCGCAAGAGAGAGACGAUUAAGAAACGCUUACGUCCGAGAAAAUAAUCACGUUCGAAGGACAAUGCGCGGAACGUAAUAAUGGACGUAUGCGUAAUUUUGUAUUAAAUUGUUGAUUAUUCUUGCGGGUCGCCUUCGACAGGAAAAACUUUGUGUGUGUGUGUGUAUGUGUGUGUGUGUGUGUGUGGUGAAUCGAGACGUCUCUUUCACGUGCAAUUACGAAGUAAGAAAAAUGAGAAGGGAAGAAGAGGACACCAUGAAAUAGCCAACGGAUUAAUGUGGAGUUUCCGUCGCAACGGUGAUACACAAUCGGUGUCUGACAACUAAAGGACGACAACGACAUUCGCUUUAUCGUAAUUGCGUGAACGAAUCUGCACGCGACGGACAAUUAAACAAUUGGUCGUUAUACCGCAUUAACGGCAAUAUUUGCGCCAGAACCUUCUAUGCAUUCGUGGGGCUCUCGACGCGCUAAUAAGACAGCCGAGGAGAAACGAGGAAAUUUUAAUCUUGGCAAACACACCCGUCUUAUUUCACCAUGUCGUGCUAUUUGUCGGUGGAAAAAAUUCAUUAGGGCGACUUCGUUCAUCAUUAUUCCGCGCGUGGUGCACCGGUGACAAAUUAGCGGGGACAGCGGUGGCAAAACGCGCAAAACAAAGGUGGCGGGCUGUCGUGUUGUGCCGCGUCUCUCAUCUGUAUCCGCGAUCCCGAAAUUCCUCGUCGUCAUGAGCAUUCUAAUGUACGUUGUCCGAAGCGAGGGAUCGCCGGGAGAGAAGCAAAACGCUGUAAUGGCACGAACGCAAAUCGAUUUUGUUGGCCAGGACGCGACGAGAGCAUUCAGCGAUCGGGAUAUGAUCCCUUACGAGAUUAGCAACGAAAGUUACAUAAACAACGAAACUCUGCUCUAUAAUGUGUCGUUGAAUGAGGAUUACAUCUUCGACAGAACCGAUAUGAAAGUAAUCUUCAUCACUUUAUAUACCAUCGUAUUCGUCUGCUGCUUCUUCGGCAAUCUGAUGGUGAUUUUCGUGGUAACGUUCUCCCGUCGGCUGCGCAGCAUCACAAAUUUCUUCCUGGCGAAUCUGGCAGUGGCGGAUUUUUGCGUAGGCAUAUUCUGCGUCUACCAGACGCUCACCAACUAUUUGAUGAACAGCUGGCAAUUCGGCGACUUCCUUUGUAAGGUGUACAUGUUCGUGCACGCGCUCUCGUACACCGCCAGCAUACUGAUCCUCGUGGUGGUGUGCACCGAACGUUAUCUGGCCAUUGUCCAUCCUAUCAAGUGCCGGUCCAUGCUGACCAGACGGCGCCUCAGGAUGGUGAUAGGUGUGGUGUGGGUUGUGGCAGCCGUAUACGCCUCGCCCAGAUUUUUCUACGUCGAGACCAUCAGCAAUCGUCUUAACAAUGGCGACGUCGACAUCAUCUGCAUUGCCAAUAUUAAGAAACACAACAAAAAUGUCCUGGACAUAGUGAAUCUCGUCUUCCUCUAUCUCCUACCGCUCUUUCUCAUGUCCUGCCUCUACACCAGAAUCGCCGUUGGUCUUUGGAGAAGCAGCGCGACCCUCACAGGACCCGGUCUAAUCGCCAAAACCAAAAACGGUCGGAUACACCACGUGCACACGUCCAGCAGAAAUGUACUGAAGGCACGGCGCGGCGUUAUCAGAAUGUUGAUCGCGGUGGUGAUGAUGUUCGCCGUGUGCAACCUGCCCCAGCAGGCGCGCAUUGUCUGGCGACACUGGGGUCCAAACUACGAUAACACGUCGGACUUCAGCACUCUGCUGACCGUGUCCACCUUCCUCAUCUCGUACAUGAACUCUUGCAUGAACCCGCUGCUGUACGCCUUCCUGUCGCGCAACUUUCGCAAGGGUAUGCGUGAGCUGCUGCACUGCAGGGGGGCGAGGAACGACGGCGGCACCCUGGCGAUGGUGUGUGCCAGCGGCGACCACAAUCGCCACGUCAGCUUCCAUCUGCCUGGGAACUCGGUCGUCCGACAGAACAGCCUGUCCACCACCGUUCACCAGACCAUCGUUCGGUAGAUGCACCUGCGCCGGGAAAACUCAACGGACUAUCACUGUCCGUGCGACGGGACUAGCGAUCGCGAAGUGAUUCUUUACAGGGUAUUCCAGGACGGGAGCCGGCGGAAACCUUCUCAGGGAAGUGUUCGAACGCUUGCAACAUUUUUUUUUUAAUUUAUAGGAGGUCCAUUUUUACUCGCAGCUUAUUUUCACAAAUACGAACGAAAUUUGCCGCGUUGCUGUAAACGGAAACCGCGCUUCGAGACUGUAAAUUCGAAUUAGUCGAAGUUUACAGGUAUUAGGGGUAGAAAGUUUAGCGUGGCCCGUGUAACUCGGACAAGAUGAACGUUCCGUGGCAAUGAACUAUCCCGUCUUCAACGUUUGAAAGGCUCUCGUAGUGUCCGGCAUUAAGGAGCUUAUUUUCAAAGUAGUAUCUCGUAUUUCCAGUACAAUUUUUAAAAACCUCGAUUACAAUAAAAUAGACAAAAUUUAAAUUUGACUUAUUUUAAAAAUCGGCUCUUCGAUCUUCGAAUCAUAAACCUUAUCGUGUCAAAGGAAUUCACAGAAGCUCAAUUUGUUACGCAUGACGCUAUAAUCUUACGAUCUUGAACUACGCUGGCCACUCAUAUUAUGCAAUCGUAUGAAUUGCCACGUUUCGGGAACAACAUACCUUGUUAGUGAUAGUUUUCAUUGCACGAGAGAGUGAGAGAGAGAGAGAGAGGAGAGCAAGUUUUGGCUGUGGUUAAAUGGUGUCAGUGGCAUGCAACUUCCUCGGGGUGUAUGCAACGCGUGUGGGAAUGACAAAGUACGACGAACUUAAUCGGAGCUUAUUCGGAGCAUUACGUACUCCUCUUCCCACUCCCAUUCUUUGUCCCUAGGUAUAUAAACAAUACAGACUGAAACUAUUGUGGGUCUCGCCCGUGUUCGCUCGAUUUAACGCGAGGUGGCAAGAAGAAACUACGUUAUACGAGGCACGGUCGAUAUCGGUUUUUAUGAUUAGAACGUCACGUUGAUUUGGAUUUUCCAAAUUUGAAUAUAGUAGAAUUUUUUUUAUAAAAUACAGAUUUUCUUCCCCUAAUUUUGAACCUUUUUUUAUUGCGAAUGAGUGAUUAGACUAACAAUUCUCUUUUGCAAAAUUAUACCACUUGGAAGUGUCUCUCAAUUUUCAAGUGAGAAAUUGCUAAAAUUAUCGCAAGAUUACUUCUCCGAGAAGAAGCUUGCUCGAAUUACGCGCGUCAUUAAACAAAUUGGCAACCGUACUUACUGAGAAGUUCGUACCUUUCAAAAGUGCGUGGAAAGGGAGAAUCGAAUGGCACGUGUGAAUGAAUAAUGUAAAUCAUUGGGUACUUAUUACCAAAUAUAUCAAUGUCAAGUAACUAAAACAAAUAAAAAGAAAAUCAUAAGAAGAUUGUACAAUGUAAUUUUUUACAUUGCAUUUUUUUAUUGUGAGCAUUUUAUUUUUAACUUUUGGAGUGAACACGGUGUUGAACAUCAUACAUUUAUUAGGAAUUUAGUAUUUUAUUUGGAAUUUGUUCAUCACGCUGAAUAAAUUAAGUACUCAUUAAAAUCUAAAUGUGUUCAAGAUAUCAUUAUCAUUGAAACUCUCAAAUUUUCUUUUGAAAAUCAAAAUGCUCAUACUAUUAUAACAUUAGAAGAUAACUUACGCUUUGAUUUUGUGUGCUCGACAACUGCUGACAGAAAAUUAAUUGGUUCGAUCCGCAAACAGAGACGCAAUCUCAACGGAGACCAGAUUCCAUUGAAAAAGAUAAUUUAUCCGACCAUAUUGGAAUGACCGUUUGGCAUUAUCGUUUACGGUUUUUGGCAUUUCCUAAUGCUUUCUUUACAUCUCAUUAAGCGCACGCUAUAUUAAAGAUUUAAAACAAAUAUAAAUAUUGUUCUUAAUUUCCGCACAAUAUAGAGAAUAAUAAAAACUCAUUUAAAAAAAAUUAAUUGCACAUUUUGGUAAUAAUUGAUUUCUUGUUUAAAAAUAUUACAUUUAAAAAAUGGCAAUAAUAUCGUUUUAAUAUCGUUUUUAUUAUCAAUUUUAUUUUUUUAAGAUUGGCAAAUAUUAAUUGCAAUAAUCAAUUUUAAUAUGUGAACAAUGACAAAGUCUAAACUUUACAUCAAGAGUAAUCAAUGUAAAUUGUUGAAUGUAAUCAUAAAAGUAACUAACAAUAUUUUUAAUGAAUUUAUAGUGAACUUUGUCUGUAAUGAGAAGACGUCUGUUGAUUCUGAAACAUUUUACGUAGGGUUCAAUCUCGCUUCCUUGAAAGGAAGCGAGGCAAAUCAUGAAACGCGAAGUGCUGAGUAAGUGGCAAAAGUCUGGAACAGUUUCUAAAGUAAAAUACUUUUAGUAGUAUAACCGUCGUUUCAGCGCGACGCCACGUAAUUUGCCCAGGAAGCAAAGUUUCUUCGCGAUCGGGUGUAUGUACCUACUCUUUCUCGACGCGCGCUUUCAACCGUACGUCCUCAAAGGCAAAUUUCAAAUCUACAUUCCCGAGCGGGCGUUCUCAUUGCCUUCUCGCAAUCAUUCCUCACAAUUGUCGCAUUCCUGAAGCACAUUGCCAACGCGUACUUUUCGUGAUACUAUGAAUAAAAUUCACGGGAAAUUUUUAUUGUCCAUAUAUAUCUUCCCUUUAUUCGCAAUAAGUUAAAAUUCUGGCUUCAGAUAGAAUAUCAUUGAUUUCAAUGAAUGACUCGUGCAAUUUUAUGGUAGGAUCUCUUGAAACCACUGAAUAUUAUUUUAAUUACAAUUUUUAAGAGGUUCAUUUAAAGAGAAAUUUUAUUCUUAUAGCAAGAAUAUAUAUACAUUGAACGAAAUCAUAUUGCAAUUGUUAAAGGCAUUUUUUAAUAUUUAUAUUAUAUUCUAUAUUUCGAAGAAUUUUUUUUUCCUCUAAAGUUGAUGGUACUCGUAUACUCGUAUUGCUCGAAGAACUUUAGUUACGAUGGGCACGAAGCGGUUUGAUGGAAAAUGGAAACACAUUAGGUCUAGCGAGAGAACGAUAAAAAAACUGCGAUGCCUUGGAACGUUCCAUUGGGAAGGGUUGGACAGGUGCUUUACAGUUAACACGGAUUUCGCAUUAAUGUGGAGUCGCCAUGGGUGUUUGGCAGUGGUGCAAGAAAUUUUGCGGAUCGGCCUGAAAAUAACGGCGCGAGAUAACGAAGCGAGGUGCAAGGUAUUUCAGAGUCACCGCGUUUUCCAUUUUAACUUGAUAGACAACAAGUUCGACAGCUACACAAUUAAUCUACAUUAAAUUUUUUGAAACGCAAAAAAAUUUGUGCGCAAUAUGAUAAGAAUAAUAACUAAAGAUAAUAAGAUAGUAAUUUUUACUGUGCUAUAAAUAAACAACUUGCAGCAUAUGUAAUUUGUUUGUUAAUGUUAUUAAUUAAUAAUUAUUGAUUUUUGAGAUUUAAUAAAUAAAAUUUUAAUAUUAGAUAUAAAACACAAGAUUAGUUUUUAUAAAAGCGUUAGAAAAAUUUUAUUUAUUUAUUAAGAUAUACUUACUUAAGAAAAAGGACAAUUGCGCAAGCAAAAUUAGCUAUAUAUUUUAUUAUGUGCUAAUUGAAAUAUUUGCCGCAUUGUUUGCGUUGUACUGUUGAGAUUUACAGAAAUUACGAGAACAAUUUAUCUCAACUGCAGUCUUAAGACUAACUUAGCAUUUGAUCAUUUCUAGCACACGUUCUAUCCAUUAUAUAAAUUUUGCCAUUAUCGCUGCGUGCUAUUAACCACAACGUAUCAUUAAUCAUACUCCUUUCCACCGUUCCUGUCACGCCGUGAACCUUGAAAGUAUUUGUAAUUUACAACUUUCUCGCGUAACAGUUUAUACCCCCGUGAGCAACAUCUCCAUUUGAAAACAUUGUGUCACAUAAAUGUGAAACUGGUACAAGGAAAUGCCAUAAACGACAUAUUUAGAGAAAAUCAUUUUUUUAUUUUUUGCCGGAAAAAUGAUUGUCUCGAAAUGUCUUGGAAUUAUAAACGAACGUCAUUUACCUUUUCCGCGAGUAAACAAUAUUUUUGGAUGCAACUUUUUAUGAAAUAUAUUUCUCUUCGAUAUUUAUGUUAUGUAAAGUAUUUUAAGAAAAGAAAGUAUAAAUACAAUAAGAUUAUUAUUUCGAUCUUAUUUGUAAUUUUUUUAUUUUUAAGAGUUGAAAUUUAAGGAAGGAUAAUUACGGAGUUAUUGUCGAUAUCAAAUAUUAAAGGAUUAUGAGCUUUAUAAGCGUAAUAGGUAAUAAAGUUUAAUUUUUCAGAUACCUGUUUGUGUCAUUAACGUGACACCCUUAAUCACCUAGAUGUUUAAUGAUUAAACUUGUGAAAAUCGAUAGAGACAUGAUAGCGUCGCGUCUCAUUAAAAAAAAAAAAAAAUGUAAUUGCAUUACCUCAUAACGAUUUAAAUUAAGCCACUAAAAACUUUACAGUCAUAUUAUUUAACCAAUUCGAAUUUUUAAGAAUAACAAUUUAAAUGAGUAUUGUAAUUUGUCACAAUUAUAUAUUAUUACAUUAGAUAUUACAUUUUAUUAUUAUUUUUAUUUGUGUUUGAAUCCUUAAUUUUUUAUAUUUAAAUGAUUUGAAAAUCAUCCAACUAGAAAAUUUGGUUAAAGUAUAUAUUGCUUAUUUGCUGCAAUAACGUAAUUCAAAAAAUAAGAUUUUCCAGUAUAUAAAUAAAUGUUUAACGUUUAAUAUUUUAUCCUAAAGAUGACACUUUUUAAAUUAUGUCUUUGUAAUAAAUGAACAAACUAGUGCAUGUUGUCCCGUACAAGAGAAGUACAUUUAUUCAUGCGGACGGUAAAGCAGUCUGAGCACUGUGAACGUAAAAGGAAGUCAGGAGCUGGGCGAUUUCAUCUGUCACGGCGAGUGCGUGAGAGUUUGCUCGGUGGAGAAUUGCAAAAGAUAAAACGGUGGAAAGCUCCGUUUUACUGAUAGUGCGGUUUUGCGUCCAACUUGCUUACUUUCGUUCCUCGUCGUCGUCCCUUUCUCGAAGGCAUCGACUUGAAUAAGAUGCAAUCGCGAGGAGACAGACGUUGCGCGAGCAACAAGGCAUUCUGUGAUGUUGAAGAGAGCGCAAAAGAGUCUCCCCGAAUUGUCCUCUCUCGAUAUUGAUCGAUCACCUGGUACUCGGGAAGACGUUCGCCAAGUGUAUCAGUUAUCUUGAUAAAUCGAGAUGUAGGUCUCACCUAAAAGAAAGAUUUUGUCGGUAAUUAAAGUUUCAUCGAUAAUUAAAACGUUAGCUCUUAAACCGUUUGAUGUACGUCAUUCAAUCUGAAAUGUUUGUGAAAUUUAGACAUUUCAUUAUCGCUUCUCUUUUUAAGAAUAUAAAUUUUUUAAAUGGCA